CACCAUUACCUUCCUUUUCUUUGCUUUCCUUUCCUUCCUCUCCUUUCCUUCAUGCUCUUUGAUCGAUACCGUAAAGGUAGCGGUGCAGCUGCCAAACACCAACAGCAACACAAUACCAAUAGCAACAACAACAACAACAACAAUAGCAGUAGACCUGAACCACAAAAGACCACCAGCAGCAGCCUCGCCAGCGCCUUUUUCCGUGCUCUGACAAGAAGAGCAUGGCACCAACCUGCCCCGCAACAGCAGCAACGUCAGGAUUUUGGUGUUGUUGACAUUGUCCCUCGCCAUUCAGCCUCAUUGCCAAACAUUGCCCGCUACUCUACUACUACGACAACCAGCUCAUCCGUCGUUGUCGUUGCCGCUGCUGCUGCCAACGAACCUCGCUUUCGCCCUCCUGUCUUGUUAUUCUCCAACCAUGAUCGUCCAAUCUCAAAACGCCAUUCUGCCGGUCAGGCACUAAUCAAGGACGCCAAAAAGAAAAAGAAACGACGCCAUUCAUUCACGUACGGACACCAACCUGUCGGUGUGAAAGUCUCGAUUAUGCCUCGGCGAUCGGUCAGUCAUCAACAGCAUCACAAGCGGAAGCAAGUCCCACGUGGUGACAGUAAUAGCAGUAUUAGUACGAGUACCAGUACUACGAGUAGCAGUACUGGUGGUGCUCGCCGAAACAACAGUAGCACUGCUGCUGCUGCUGCUGCUGCCCUUUCCGCAGACCAACUCGCUGCCAUGUUGCGAGAAAAGACACAGGACGUAACCCUGAUUGACGUGCGCCACCUGUUUGAUUAUCAAAAACGACGUAUCGAUGGCUCAUUGAACGUCAACUUGCCCUCGUUGCUGAUCAAACGGUACCAGCGCGGCACGGUGAGCAAUUUUAAUUUAGAAAACUUCAUCACGACGGCUGAGGGACGGGCACGGUACCGUGCCGGUGCAAAGCCGCGUCAAUGGGUUGUGUAUGACGACGACAUGGUCGAUCAGACGUCGCAGGCGUGGACACUGGUGAAUGUGCUCGACAGGAUCGGAGACGUCUACUAUCUCGAGGGCGGGUUCAAGGCAUUCCAGUCGGACGAACUGCUCGUGGAAGGGUUUGACGACGACGAACCACAGGAGCAUGAGGAAACCCAACCAGAACCGUUGGUGCAGCUACCACGACGGUCGCUUAGUUAUACCAUGGGCGCAGGCGUCGACAAAAGUCAUUUGCAUCGUCGUACGAGUCUUUUUAGUCUUGAUACACAGGCGGCAAGGGCCAACAAUGCAAGUGCGCUGGCUCGCCGAGCAAACAAACGGUCAUUGCUAUUAGAGCAACACCAACAAGAUCAUCUUCAUCAGCAACUGCAACAGCAACAACUCCUAUUACCACAACAACAACAUAACCAGCAGCAUCUGGAUCUGCUGGUGGCACCAAGUGCGACAACAUCCACAUCAUCGUCUUUGACCCGAGUGGUAGAAGACGAGGAUGAUGAUGACGAGGAUGAUGACGAUGACACCGCUGGCGGCAUAUCGCCUCAAACCGAGGCAGAUUUUGAGUUUAUUAUCUCAGAAAUCAUCCCGGGCUUUUUGUUUGUUGGCCCAGAGAUCGAGACGAUCGAACAGGCAGAGCAGCUCGAAGCGCGCAAGAUCCGACGAGUCUUGAACAUGGCUGAAGAAUGCAACGACGACGUUUUGCAAAAGGACAUUCUCUAUCGCAAGAUUGCUGCACGAGACACGGUUGAAAUGAAGAACAUUGAUUGGGUCAUGAUGGAAGCUGUUUGUUUUAUCGAGGAUGCAAAGCGCCACCACGAACCGAUCUACGUCCACUGCAAGGCAGGCAAGUCGCGCUCGGUCACGGCCAUCCUCGCCUACCUCGUCUGCUCCGAACGCUGGACGCUCAAGCAGGCGUAUCGGCAUGUCAUCAAGGCCCGUCCAAACAUGUCACCCAACAUUGGCUUUAUUGCCGAGCUCAUGAAGAUGGAAGGGCGCGUGCACGGUCGUGUCAGCAGUUUCAUGGAGACAGAUUGGCAAUCGACCUCGCUGCCAAGCCCUGAAUUUACGCGGGAGUUGAAGCAACUGGAACGAGCAUGGCAACAGACUCCUCGUGAUUCUGUGCCAUCCGUUGCAUUAAGAUGAGCCGUUUCAUAUCAUCAUCGUCAUCAUCGUCAUCGUCAUUUCCACUAACGAACCCUUUCUCUCUCUCUCUCUUUUGCUCGCACAACCUUACACAAACCACCAACACCCCCAUAUUUUGCAUUCAGCUCUCGAUUUUGCCCCUGUUGAAGGGGGUUAGAGAAGAAAAAAAAAAGACUAUACACAGACACACCUACUACUAUUACUACUACUGCUACCACUACACCCUCGUGUAUAUACUCUAAUACCACCACUACUACCAUUAUAACACACACACGCACGCAAAGCAAUCGACAUCGACAUCUUCAUCAUUAUCUUCUUUCGCUAUUACUUGUUUGUCUCUCUUUUUUUCUUUAUACUUUAAUAAAUGUUCUUGAGUUCUUUUUUUUCCUUUUGAGUUGUGAUUUACUGUUGUGGUGCUGCAUCGGCUUCUGCUUCUGGUCUG